GCUCAGUGCUGAGCCGUUCGCGUAUGUCCUGUGCGCGUUCCCGGUUUGGAGAGGUCCGUGCCAUGUCCACCCGCCUAGGGGAAAAGGUGCUUUGUUUCUCAAAGGUAUAAUUCAAGAAAACUGACUAAAUGUAUCGAUGAGCGAUCAGCCAUAAAGGCCAAGCCCAGACAACCAGAACCCUGGUCUGAUCAGAACCCCUUUCUCUCCCCCUGUUGCCGACUGCCGACGCCCUGGGACCCGUCGUCGCCAUGGAGACGGUGGUGAUCGUGGCCAUUGGGGUGCUGGCCACCAUCUUCCUGGCCUCCUUCAUUGCCCUGGUGGUGGUGUGUCGACACCGCUACUGCCACCCCCACCACCUGCUGCACCACUUCAACUCCAAGUCCAAUGGACUGACCUGCUGGUUUGAAGCUAUAAAUCUAUGGAUUGAACAGAGCGACUUCACAGCACUAAGACCCAAUGUUGACCUGAUCGGUGCCAUGGAAACCCAGAGUGAGCCGUCUGAGCUGGAGCUGGACGACGUGGUCAUCACCAACCCUCACAUCGAGGCCAUCCUGGAGAACGAGGACUGGAUCGAGGACGCCUCUGGCUUGGUUUCACAUUGUAUAUCCAUCUUAAAGAUCUGCCACACCCUGACUGAAAAGCUGGUUGCCAUGACAAUGGGCUCAGGCGCUAAGGUGAAAGCCCCAGCCAGCCUCAGUGACAUCAUCACUGUGGCUAAACGCAUCAGUCCGAGGGUGGAUGACGUUGUGCGAUCUAUGUACCCUCCACUGGACCCCAUACUCCUGGAUGCCAGGGCCACCGCCCUCCUUCUGUCAGUCAGUCACCUGGUGCUGGUGACCCGCAACGCCUGUCACAUGUCUGGCAGCAUGGACUGGAUCGACCAAUCACUGCACGCCGCUGAGGAUCACAUGGUGGUGCUGCGGGAGGCGGCGCUAGCGUCCGAACCGGAACGGAGUCUACCUGGAUUAGACGUGCAGAGAGAGCAGGCCAUCUAGAACACACAGACACGUACAUACACACACGCAUACACUCCUUCUCUAUACAUUGUACACAUCUCGGGCACAUUCUCACACGUACACAAUGCUUGAUAAACACACAAUAAGAAAACUCAACACAUUCCCACUUUCCCGCUGCCGUUCUGUGCUGAUUUACAUACAGAUGGGUUGCCAGAAAAUAGAAUAGAGCUGGUUUUAGAAACCGACAGGUGCCAGAUCCUUGUGCUAUUUUCCUCUUGAUCCUUUCACUUUUAUCAUGUUUCUGGUUUUGUAUAUAGUUAUGUAUAACCAUAAUGCAUGUUAUGAUUAGGAUCUAUAUAGGUUUUAUGUUACACUCUCAGAUUCAUAUUGUCUUGUAAGUAAAGUGCAGAGCUCACUGAAAUAGGCUUGUGUGUAGUUGUUGCCAUGGACGACUGGCCCCUUGAUAUUCAUUCCUGAGUGUCUUCCAUCUCCCAGUGGUGAGCUGUAAUCCGCCCCGUUAGGAGUGCACAGUCACAUGGAAGCUUAAAUUUAGUCAACUAAUCCAUGUGGGGGGAAAACCCUGGACACCCAAUAGGACCAAAGGCAGGGGAAAUACAUGCACACCUACUCAGAGCAAUACACGCUUACUCAGAGCAAUACACUCUUACUCAGAGCAAUUCACGCUUACUCAGAGCAAUUCACGCUUACUCAGAGCAAUACAUGCUUACUCAGAACAAUACACUCUUACGUAGAGAAAUACACUCUUACUUAGAGCAAUAUACUCUUACUCAGAACAAUACACUCUGACUGAGAACAAUACACUCUGACUGAGAACUAUACACUCUGACUGAGAACAAUACACUCUGACUGAGAACAAUACACUCUGACUGAGAACAAUACACUCUUACUCAGAGCAAUACACUCUUACUCAGAGCAAUACACACCUACUCAGAGCAAUACACUUACUUAGAGAAAUACACAACUACUCAGAGCAAUACAGUCUUACUCAGAGCAAUACACUCUUACUUAGAGAAAUACAGUCUUACUCAGAGCAAUACACUCUUACUUAGAGAAAUACAGUCUUACUCAGAAAUACACUCUUACUCAGAGAAAUACACUCUUACUCAGAACAAAACACUGGUACUUUUUUUUUUAGAACCAGGAGUCAAGACAAGCCUCCGUACCAGCUGAAGGUGUUGGACGGCUUUAUGCAGGUCCCUGUUGCGUUUGUUGGGCGGAUGAACGAUUUAAUUGGCUGUUAUCGUAAAGGGAGGGUCAAAUGUGUGUGUAUGGGGGAAGGUUUCUUUGUGAGCCGUGUCAAAUGAGGUGGAGGUGAAUUUGCGUGCCUUGUGCUGACCGGUGGUGCGAUGUUAUCGGAGCAUGGCUAGCUGCCUCUCCAUGCAUACCUAAUACCGUAGCUAGAACUGAAACCCAAGAGCAGUAAUCACAGCAUAACCCAGCUUUACACACACACACACUGUCCAGCCCUAACACAGCUCACAGAGCUGCUAACACUGCGCCACACACUCAAGCUUACGGAGCAACUGUAACAGAGCUCACACGCUGCUAACCUAAGGAGCAACUGUACACAGUGAUACACACACUUACGCAAAGAGACAGCGUCGAUACUGUAAAUGCACACAAGACUUUAUGGGCAAAAGCUUAGAGACAAAUCAGGCGUUUUUUUCCCACAUGGUCUUUCUGAGAAGACAUGCCUUUUGCGCCUUGUUCCUUCUUAUAAUUCAAGCUCUGAAAUUCAGCCUAAGAGAAGACUACCAGUAUAACUGCAGCCUACAUCAGAUAAGCAGAGCUCUGUGAUGGAACGAUAUUGAUUAAGAUGAAACAUGAAGAAAGUGGCCUUUAUUUUCCUGGUUUCCGUCGUUUAUUACAAUUGAUUGCUUUUGUGUGUAAGCACUCCUGUGUCUUCUCCUCCCCACCCACCAUUCGUGAUGUUUCCUCUUUUUCAACUUUCUCUUUAUAUCCUCCAUUGAUUUGUACAGGUAAAUUAAAGUUUCAUAGGAAAA